AUGACUGCCGAGAAACCCUCUAUUCACCACAAUGGUCCAGCUGGACCGAGAUCUCCUCGUUCCCCGACUCGGUCUCAUUCCCUCAGCAGCACACAGUCUCAACCUUAUAGGCAUAACUCGCUCAAUAGUCUCGAUUCUCCCGCCUCACCAAGCCUGAAGUUACAUCCUCGACCUGCUGGACCUCGUUCACCUGAUUCACCGCGUUCGGCCAAAGGAGAAAGACGCGAUCAACCCGGAUCAUCAAGGACGAGAUUUAGCACCAUCCCUUUACCUAUAACUCAGCAAACGGAUGACAUAGAAAAUCCACAGCAUAACCCUCAACCUGGAUCCAUAGAUCACAUGGCCCCUUCAUCACCAUCGUCACCCAUCGAACUAGACACUCCACAUGCACCUUACCGACCACCUGAAGCUGUAAUCGAACCGCCUGAAGAACAUCCACCUGGUUAUACACCAGGUAUAGUAGCUGAACAUAUAGGAUCAGACGAUGAGAUGGGUCCUCCACUAGAAUCUCCUCCUGCAUUCGAUGAUACGGGAAGGACAACGAAAAAUAUAGAUUCAUGGAAUGCGGAUGUAAAAUCGUUCUCAAUGGAUGUCGAUUCUUCAAAUAGUAAUGAUGAGCAACCUAGACCUCAAGUUGGACCUGGUAUAUUACCCAGAAGACUACUUUCGUUAAUACACGAACAUGAGCUAGUUCAACCCAAUAUCUCUGAAUUACCGCAACCUGGUAAGAAAGCUUCUACGACAUCAGCUCCAGCAUCUCAAUCAGCCUGGAAUGGAACCAAUAAAUCAUUGACCACGACAACACGGCCAGCCUCUGUAGCUUCCGUUUCGGGUGUCAUAGCUCCUCCUAGUCCAUCCCCAUCGACCGCAUCAAUGCGUUCCUUGCCUGAUAGCGAUCGGAUAUCAACCUUAGACGACGUUUGGGAUGCUCUUCCAGGUCAAAGACAAUCUCACGGAGAAUGGUACUUCUGUACUACAUGCUGGGGCUGGUUGAGAGUUACAGCUGGAACCAAUGAUCCGCCCAACCUGUUAAAUAUGGAUGAAUGGGAAGCGACUGUUCGAUCGACCGGUUUCUUCGAAGAUAAAGAAGCGUACGAUAAGGCGUAUAACGAUAGGUUGGUUGAAUGGUCAAGGUUAAAUGAUAUCAAAACUUCUAGACUAAUGGCUGAAGAAACACAUCAUCACUUUCAUGAAUUUAAAACGUUAAUGGAGUCAAAAGAAGAAAACAGAAUUGAGAAAGUGCAGAUGGACGAAAACAUGAAUGUUUUUCCUCAUAUAACAUUUGGUGUUGACAUUGAUGAUAAAUUGCAAUCAUUCGAUUAUUUACCUCAAGCUCCUUCAAGAUUGUAUGUUAGUUGCUCAUCUGAUUUAUGGGUUCAAGUAGAUAAAGGUAUGAUACCAGGUCAAAUCCCAAAUGGUCUAGUACAAGCUUUCACUAUUGAGAAAAUGAACAAUCCGACUAUGGGUUAUACUGAAAUGCAAGGUGUAAGCGAAGCUUGGUCACUCUUGGCUACCUUAUUGAUCAAUCCCUUAUUCAAAGGUCAAAGAGGAUGGGUCAAAUUGGAUAAUCCUAAAUUUCAAAAACAGAUUGGAGCCACUAUGACAUCGUCACAGCUUUUACAUCAAAUUGGAUUUGCUUGUCAGCAGGAAGAGGAUGGGCUGAGAGUAGGACCGUUCAAGGUGAACGAUGAACCUUCGGAAGAGGAUAAGAGGAAACAAAGACAGAUGGACCAAUAUAUGAUCAGGACUUGGGUAGAGAUCACUCUUUACUUGAUAGCUUAUCAGCAACGCAAUGAUCUUAUUGGAAGUCAAGUACCUUGGAUACAAGCCGUACCACUAGAGGAUACGGUCAAACACACCAUCGAGCUGGACAAAUAUCCCAAGGGCACCACACCUUAUGGCGACUUCUUCAAGCCGCCUCUGCAUGACUUGGGAGUGACCAAGUUAGAUCGAGCUCAAACGAUAGAAAUAGCUUAUGGACUCCAAAUCUCUUGUCAUACAGCAGGAACACCGAAGUAUCUUGGCGCACUGGAAAAGGUGGCUGAAGCACCUGUUUUCGGCAAAGAGAACUUGCAGAUGAGAGUAGCUACUGAAAGAUCUUUGGAAAAAUAUACCUCAGAUGAUGUCGAUCGAGCAUACAACUUAAUAGGUUAUACAUCAGAUUAUGCUGAAACCCUAUGCGUCUUACCUCAUGAAGCUCCAGAUAGUCACAUAUUAGAUUUGCAUAAAAAGGCUAUUCAAGCUGCUACGACUUCAAACGCGAAACAAGACAUCGCGAGGGCUUUGAUUAUCAUUGGAAAAGAAAGAAAUUCAGAUAUCAUGCGACAACUGGGAGAAACAGGUCAAACUCUCAUGUCUGUACAGGAAGCUUAUUCGGCCUUGAAUUGUCCAGAAGAUGCAAUAGAUGAUGGCUUAUUAAUGCAAUAUGAAAUGGCCGUGAAUGAGUACCCUGGAAAAGCAGAUCACUACAAGAAUUGUUUAUCUGUCAUUGCAGAUGCUCCUGGAAAGGAAAGACCAGGGAUCAAAUCUUUCCUUGAGACUGGAUCGAGAGAACCGGAGGCUCCGCCGAGAAAGGAUAUUCCGGUUGGAUUGCAUAACAUCGGCUACCUUAAUUCCAUUCUCCAAUAUUUAUAUUCAAUCAAACCUCUCCGAGACGCUGUAUUGUCAUUUGAGCAAGAUCAAGGCCAACAUGUCGCAAGUCAAAAGCCAGACGUCGAGAGAUCGAAAAGAUUUGUUCGGCAACUUCGAUUGUUGUUCUUACAAUUAUAUAAAUCUGAGCUACCAUCAGUAAGACCAGACGAAGAACUUGCCUAUCUGGCUAUCACACGACCAGAAGUAGACGCGAUUGUAGAACCUCAAAUAGCUCCUCCUCCCCAACCGUCAACUUCGAGAUUGACAUUGGACGAUAUUCCUGAUAUUCCUGAUAUUCCUUCACCAUCCUCAACACAAGUAGCCUCGCCGAUCACUUCUCCUGUGCUCACGCCUGUCGAUAACGGGAAACCUCAUGAGGCGUCCUCAUCCACCGAUAGAGAAGAUAAAGAAUCAUCAAUCUUGGGUAAAAGAGCAAGUGAGGAUAGAGAUGAUUCGUCCCGUUCUUCGCAAGAAUACUUUAGACACAAAUCAGAAGGAGCACAUGAUGUUGACUCCCCGACAGAAAUGGAGAUUGACGACUUUGAAUUGGUCACCAAACCACCACCUGAUUCCCCUUCUGCAACGAUGGACCUAACUCAUCUAGAUCUGAAAUCGCCCAUCCCUGAAUCAAAAGAUGAAUUCAUCGAAAACUUUGAUAUACCUGACCAAGCUGAGAUUGAAUCUGGAAACGGGAAAGCACCGCUUCAAGAAGAGGAAGUCAAAUACGAUCCUCCAAGUGUCCCACCGCCGUUACCCCCUAGACCCCAUCUAGCAAAAAAGGAUACCUUGAGCUCAGGACUGAGAUUCGGUUUACAACAAGACUCUGCCGAGGUCUUAAUCAACGUAUUGUCACAACUUGAAUUAGCAUUGGAUCAACCAUCGUUAAGAGAUGGCGAAAAAGGAUCAAAUCUGAUUCAGAGCUUGUUCUCAUGCAAAUAUCAUCAACAGAUCAUAUAUGAAACCGCUGCGUCAUCAUCAGCAUCAUCAUCGUCACCCUCAGCUUUCAAGUCCAAACGCAGAGAAUCUGUAUUGUACGAUGCACAAACUCCAGUCGAAUCAGUCUUCGUACACCCUAUCAUCGGUGUAGAAGAGGAAGGUAAAGAUUUAUCUGACUGUCUAGCUGAACUGUACCUGAAAGGAGCCGAUAUAGAAUAUGAAGGUAAAAAAGGCUAUAUGAUGGAUUUAAUGGAUACGUUCCCCGAUAUGCUUUAUAUCCAAAUGAGGCGAUCACAAUAUGAUCCUGCUACAGGUCGAGAAAGGAAGACCAACACACACAUUCCAUUUGAUCGUACAUUGUCCAUGGGAAGAUUCUUAGUUGGCGCCGAUCCCCAAAAGAGAGAAGAAGCCAUCGAGUUGACCAGGGAAAUGGUGAGGAUCAGAACUAGAUUACAUCAAUUGCGUAAUCACAAGCCACUAUCUAUCCCAGCCACAUUCAAACAUGUUGCUUCAUCAUUACGUCAAUUAUCUCAGACAGAACUUGAAUUACCUUUGCUUCAUCAAGAACUAUCGACUGAUUUCGUAGAUGCCCUAGAUGCAGAAUUCCAGAAUGUCGAAAAUGAGAUUGUGACACUUCAAAGCUUUUUGCCUGAAUUGAAAAAACGAAUGGAUGAAAUCUGGUCUUCAAACUCGAAGAAAGCUGGAGAAGCAGAGAUAAAUGAAGGAGAAGAUGAUGAUAAUGAAGAAGAAGAAGAAGAAUGGGAUUAUGAACUAGUCAGCGUUUUCAUGCACAGAGGGAAAAGCUCAGGUUCAGGCCAUUAUUGGACUUAUCAAAGUUGGUUACCUGAUCAUGGCGAUACGUUCUUCAAAUACAAUGAUGAUACAGUUACCCAAGUACCUUCGACUGAGGUACUUCAAGAUAGAACAGGAGAUGAUGCCAAUCCUGCUUUAUUAUGUUAUGUGAGAAAAGGAAAGAAGCUAGUCGAUACUUUACAUAGAGAGAUAUUACAACAAUUAGAAAAUCAGGCUCAGAUCGAUGACCCAUUCAACACUAAUGAGGAGAUCAACCAAGAAGAGGGGGAAGACGACAUUAUCAAGGAGCAUAAGGGUAUCGUGGCUACUCAACUUGCAAAACAAGAACAAGAAGUCAAUUUGAUCGAACUGUAA